UAUAUAUAUAUAUAUAUAUAUAUAUCCCUCCUUGCAUUUCCAUGCGACCAUAUUGUUGCGUUGUUCGAUAACUAGAGGCUAUUUUGAUAUGCAGAUAUUGCUAGAGCGAACCGAGCAACCCCGCCCCCUCCUCCCCCAAUCCGUAUUCUUUAACUUUGAUAAUUGUUGACUGCAUGGAGCAACAGAUGUGAUGCCCCGCCUUUCUCAGCCAUAAAUUCCCCAUUAUUCGGGUCUUGAUAUAGGGCUGUGUUGUCACAUCAGCAGCGAUCCGUGAGCCUGAAACAACAUAAUCAUUCUUAAUUAUCUGCAUCAUCCCGGUUGUGCAUUAUAUUAUCCUGCGAAAUAAUAACAACCAUACUAAAGUCAGGCCUUUGUCUUUCUCAAAUCUCUGCCUUACUUAUAUAUGCAUUCUAUUCAUACUUUUCUAAACUCAUAUAUCCCUACGCUCAUGCCCUUAAUCGCAGCCUCUUCCGUCACCAUUGCCUAAGGCCUGAUAUAUAUCUCCUCUCCCACUCACAUUGAUAUUCUACUCUAGCAAGAAAAGGAAAUACAAAAUGCUACCCCCCUCAGACUCCAUAAAUCACCAAAACUACAAGCUGGCUGAGUUCGUCGCCAGCCUCCGGUCUCAAAAUAGGCUUGUUCCUCCGCAGCCACCACCAACAUAUGCAGCUGCAAUUGCUCCAGCUCCAGUCGAGGAUGCAUUUGCAGACAUCAUUGAUGAUGACGACGAGGAGAGCACAGCCAUGGGCCCCAUCACAAUCAAAAUCGACACAUCUAUAGAUAUUGAGGGGCAGGGGAAUACCAUCGUCAUCCCCACAUCAAUCGGCGCAUCGACAUCUGAGGAACCUCAGACGUCCACCUCAACUUCAACAUCGCCAUCAUCAUCGCCAUCGCGUUCUUCACUACCUGCUGCCGGCGGGAACUCCCCCUUGCAGCAACUCCAGCAACAGCGACAGGUCAAAUCCGCACAGCUCGCGACAACCAUUAUCUCCGCGCUAAAAGCAGCUGGCAUCAUGGAUCAUAUGGAGUCGGGCAGACAGCGGCCUGUGGAAGUCAACGUCAGCUCUGGCAUACGUAUCAGGGGUGACAGGAAUGUCGUGUGCGCUGGUGUUCCGAAGAGACCGGAGUUGAGUCAUGCUGGGUGUUCGGAUUCCUUGUCCGAUGAGCAGGAGGAGUUGUCGAGGCGGGGGAGGAAAAGGAGGGCUACUUCGCAACCCAUUGACAUACCCUCUUCGAAGAAGGCGCAACUGUAAACGAAAUCGUCAUCUCCAUCGCCCCGUGGUAUCGCUAUCUAGUACAUUUUAUGCAAUAUCACAACGACACUUUCACAAACCAUUUGUCGAACCAAUCGGAACGGGAAUGCUUUUUAUGAGCCCUAUCUUCCAGUCCAUGGACGAGAAAUACAAGCACAGAUGAAAGAGCCAUGGCUUAUCUAUCCAGAGGUGACCUCAGACCACCCUACAGAAAAGGCAUAAUAUUUCACGAACAAAAAUAACAAGAAACCCUCGCCAAACUAUGCCACAAAGGCAUCCCUGGCACGACAUACAUAUAUUUGUUUCUUUCGAUCUCCACGCUCCCGGGCGGCACUUCCAUGCAGCCAAGCCAUUAUUCCGCAUCCGGCUCUUCCUCUUCCAUUCAUCACCCCCUGAGAGCUCUCGCGUCACACACAUACGUAAUUCCAUGCAUUAUUGCCCACGCCUGUAUGCAUGAAUUUGAAUAUCUGUCAUAUUUUAACAGUCACAGGGUGACAGGGAACUUGACUGCCCUUUGUCGUUGUCGUCAAUGUCGAUGUCGAUGUCAAUGAUCUGGUGAAUGGCUCUUGGCGCUUCAAGGCUCGGAAGUUUUUGCAUGGUGGCGUGCAUGUCAUGUAAUAUGGCACUAUGGUUAGCUUGAAAAAUGAAUACCCGAGCGUGGAAAAUACAACAGGAUCGCCUUCAUUAUUGCCCGUUGCCCAAGCAUCGCAUCGAAUAGGUGGGCUCCUUUCAGAUGGCGUUUUUCUUUGCGGUUGUGGGGGAAACGAAGAAGGAAAGGCGCCGGUAGAAAAAGAGCCAGAAAAAGCCACUACUAUGCGAUAAUUGUGAUGAAUGAUUUUAACGAUCUCUUU